AUGACUAGCGAAGGGACAAUUCAUGAUCCAAACGAUCCCGAAUUUCAAGAAGCAAUGAAAUAUUUAGCAUUACCAGCUGAAGAAAAAAUUAAACUUCGAUCUCAACCAUUUGAUGCUAAAAAAGCAUGUUGGAUACCAGAUCCAAAAGAAUCAUUCAUUGCUGCUGAAAUUGAAGAUACCAAAGAUGAUCAAGUAACAGUAAAAACUUGUAAAGGAGAAAUUAGAACAGUUAAAAAGGAUGAUGUUCAACAAAUGAAUCCACCGAAAUAUUGUUGUUCUGAUGAUAUGGCUGAUUUAACCCAUCUGAAUGAUGCUUCAGUAUUAGCUAAUUUACGUGAUCGUUAUUCGCGAUGGCUUAUCUACACAUAUUCAGGUUUAUUUUGUGUUGUCAUAAAUCCAUAUAAACGUUUACCAAUUUAUACUAUGAAAGUUGUUCUUGCUUAUCGUGGUAAAAAACGUACUGAAGUUGCUCCACAUCUGUAUGCUAUAUCUGAUAAUGCUUAUUCAAAUAUGCUUCGAGAUCGUGAAAAUCAAUCAAUGUUGAUUACAGGCGAAUCAGGUGCUGGUAAAACAGAAAAUACAAAAAAAGUUAUUCAAUAUUUUGCCUUGGUCGCUGCAGCUGGUGCGAAAAAAGAAGAAGGAAAGAAAACUAUGACACUUGAAGAUCAAAUUGUAUCAGCUAAUCCCGUAUUAGAAGCUUAUGGUAAUGCAAAAACUACUCGAAAUAAUAAUUCAUCUCGAUUUGGUAAAUUUAUUCGUAUUCAUUUUGGUAACACUGGAAAGAUUGCUGGAGCUGAUAUCGAAGUUUAUCUAUUAGAAAAAUCUCGGGUUAUCUUUCAGGUAGAGGAAUGUCUUAUUGAAAAUGAUCCAUCAAAAUACUUUUAUGUUGCUCAGGGUAUGCUUACAAUAGAUAAUGUUGAUGAUGUUGAAGAAAUGCGACUUACGAAUGAAGCAUUUGAUAUUUUGGGUUUUACUCAGGAAGAAAAAAUUAAUUUAUUUAAAUGUACUUCAGCUAUUAUGCAUUUUGGUAAUUCUCAAUGGAAACAACGACCUCGAGAAGAACAAGCUGAAGCUGAAGGUACACAAGAAUGUGAAAAAGUUGCACAUUUACUUGGCAUUGAAGCAGCUGAUCUUAUAAAAGGAUUACUUAAACCUCGCAUAAAGGUUGGAAAUGAGUAUGUUAAUAAAGGUCAGAAUAAAGAUCAAGUAAUUAAUUCAAUAGGUGCUUUAUCAAAAGCAAUUUAUUAUCGUAUGUUUUGUUGGUUAGUCGAACGUGUUAAUACCACGCUUGAUAUAAAAGCUAAACGACAAUAUUUUAUUGGUGUACUUGAUAUUGCUGGUUUUGAAAUAUUUGAAUAUAAUGGUUUUGAACAAUUAUGUAUUAAUUAUACAAAUGAACGUCUUCAACAAUUUUUUAACCAUCAUAUGUUUGUAUUAGAACAAGAAGAAUAUAAAAAAGAAGGUAUACAAUGGGAGUUUAUUGAUUUUGGAAUGGAUUUACAAGCUUGUAUUGAUCUUAUUGAAAAGCCGAUGGGAAUUCUUUCUAUUCUUGAAGAAGAAUGUAUUGUACCUAAAGCUACAGAUAAGACAUUCGUUGAAAAACUUUAUAAUAAUCAUUUGGGAAAACAUCCACAAUUUGGAAAACCAAAACCUGGUAAAGGUAAAGUUGAAGCACAUUUUGAAAUUCAUCAUUAUGCUGGUACGGUUGCUUAUUCGGCUACAUCAUGGUUAGAAAAAAAUAAAGAUCCUAUCAAUACAACUGUUGCUGGUCUUUUUGCAAAAUCAAAAAAUUUGAUGUUAAGCCAUCUUUUUGCCGAUUUAAUUGAAGAUGAAGGUGCUAGUAGUAAAGCAGCUGGUGGAAAAAAGAAAGGUGGUGGUAGUAUGCAAACUAUAUCUGCUACACAUCGUGAACAAUUAAAUAAAUUGAUGAAUAAUUUAAAACAAACUCAUCCACAUUUUGUUCGUUGUAUUAUUCCAAAUGAAAUAAAAACUGGUGGUGUACUUGAUUCACAUUUAGUUAUGCAUCAAUUAACAUGUAAUGGUGUACUUGAAGGUAUACGUAUAUGUCGUAAAGGUUUUCCAAAUCGUAUGAUUUAUUCCGAAUUUAAACAACGUUAUUCUAUUUUGGCACCAAAUGCUAUACCAAAAGGUUUUGUUGAUGCAAAAAAUGCAACAGAAAAUAUUCUUAAAGAUGUUGCCUUAAGUGAAGAAUUAUAUCGUUGUGGUACAACAAAAGUAUUUUUUAAAGCCGGAACAUUAGGUCAAUUAGAAGAUAUGCGUGAUGCUGCUCUUUCAAAAAUUGUAGCUUGUUUACAAGGACAAAUACGUGGUUAUCUUAUGAGAAAAGAAUAUAAGAAAAUGUUAGAUCAACGUUUAGCUUUAUCUGUUUUACAACGUAAUUGUCGUAAAUAUUUAUUAUUACGUAAUUGGCCAUGGUGGAAAUUAUAUACUAAAGUAAAACCACUUUUAUCAGUUGCAAGACAAGAAGAAGAAAUGAAAAAACUUGAAGAAGAAUUUAAAGCAUUAAAAGAAGCUUUAGAAAAAGAAGAAAAAUUACGUAAAGAAAUAGAAGAUAAUAAUGCAAAAUUAGUCCGAGAAAAAAAUGAUUUAUUUCAACAAUUAGAAUUUGAACGAGCUGGUGCAUUAGAAGCCGAAGAACGUUUUACUCGAUUAGUUACACAAAAAGCUGAUUUUGAACAACAAGUCAAAGACUUAGAAGAACGUUGUAAUCAGGAAGAAGAAAUCAAUCAAGAAGUAAAUAAUAAACGAAAAAAAUUAGAACAUGAAAUUGAUGGUUUAAAAAAAGAUAUUGAUGAUAUGCGUUUAAAUUUACAAAAAUCUGAAAAUGAAUGUAAAAUACGUGAUAAUCAAAUUCAUAGAUUACAAGAUGAAAUUGCACAUCAAGAUGAAACUAUUGCAAAAUUAACCCGUGAACGUAAACGUCUUGAAGAACAAAAUUCUAAAGUAACUGAACAAUUACAAAGUGAAGAAGAUAAAGUUAAUCAUUUAAAUAAAUUAAAAACUAAACUUGAACAAACACUUGAUGAAUUAGAAGAUACUUUAGAACGCGAAAAAAAAGCUCGUAGUGAUUUAGAUAAAAAUAAACGAAAAUUAGAAAAUGAUUUUAAAGCAUUACAAAGUAGUUUUGAAGAUUUACAAAAAUCCAAACAUGAUUUAGACGAACAACUUAAACGUAAAGAUCAAGAAAUGCAACAAAUGAAUGGACGUAUUGAAGUUGAACAAGGGCAAACAACUAAUCUUAAUAAAAAAAUUAAAGAAUUACAAAGUCGUAUUGAAGAAUACGAAGAAGAAAUUGAAAAUGAAAGACAAUUACGAAAUAAAAGUGAAAAACAACGAGCUGAUUUAGCAAGAACAGUCGAUGAAAUGAAUGAACGAUUAGAAGAAGCUGGUGGUGCAACAUCAACACAAGUUGAAAUGAAUAAAAAACGUGAAACAGAAUUAGCUAAACUUCGUCGAGAUUUAGAAGAAGCUAAUCUUCAACAUGAAGCAACAACUGCACAAUUAAGAAAAAAACAUCAAGACGCUGUUAAUGGUAAUUUUUAUUUAUUUAUUUUCUAUGAUUUAAAUAUUUUGUGA